AUGACGCCUCCCCUCGACUCCAUAGAGCCCAUUAGGGUGCUAAUCGGUUUUCGUGUGGAAUGCCACGACUCCGACCCUAGAUAUGCCAGCAAACAGCAGAUACAUCUGGAAACGAAUGGCCGCAGUAGCUUAACCACUGAAUGCAACAUACCUGACAACAAACAUCACUUCAUCGAAGCCGCCGCAAACCAUCUGUCCCGGAAACAAGUCCCGAGCCCCUUCACCUCGCUUUUUCGAUCCUGGGAGAGUGCCAUCCAACAACGAGACUAUUUGAUCAAAAAGGGAGCUUACGACGUCCUGAUUAUAGCAAUCUGGUUGAAAGACCGAGUAGUUUAUGAUGCAGAAAAUAUUACAGUGUCCCUGGGCUAUGUGGACUGCCCAGCCACACCCGACGAGGAAACAAGACAGCUGUAUUUCCAUAAUGACGAGAUCUUUAUUACGGAUGGCAUCUCAGCAUCCGAAAAUAGGAUAUUUGCAACUUUUGGAGGAAAGAAGAGCGAAGAUGAGCCGGUACUGAUAUCAGAACUUACCAUUGAGAAGCAAAUGCUAUUGUCUGAGUUGAUGUCUGCAGAAGUUGAGCUGGAAGACGUUAUCGGAAAAGGUGAAAUUACUAAAACGCUGGCGUCCGAGCUAUUUCACCGCACCGGAGUUCUGGCUUACGGGCAGUAUUACCUUCUUGUUCGGGCAAUCUGUGGACGUCCUCCUAGAGACCGGGAUAACAGAAGAUGA